AUGAGGAAGAAGCCGACUGAGUCCAAUGUAACGCACCACAAAGUCCUGAGCCUGGUGCAGAGCCUGCUCCACAAGCACAGUCAUCGCGGCUCAGGCACACGCACCCUCACCUCAGCCAGCAUGUGUCUGGUCCAGUUCCGCCGGCGGGGAGCCGAGGGAAGUGCGAAGGUCGUUGUGGAGAGCGCGAAAGGCGUCGUCGACCUGAAGGCGUUUGAUCAGACCGUGCCGUCCACCAUGAGAGAGUUCUUGGAGCUGGGAGAGAAGCGCAUAGAGUGUGCUCAGAGCUCCAGUGCAAAAACUAAAGAAGCAAACCGCAGACAUGAAACUUAUCUUGGCUACGUUUGGUGUGAGGACAAAAAUCAUGCCAAAUUAGAAAUUCAUUCCUAUAAAAAAGAGGCGUCUUGCGCUCAUGCCUGUUAUUCUCAGGAGGAGGACGCUCGCGGUCACGUUGCCGGCUUCACCGUAGCCAGUGAGGUCAGCGCUCGUGACUGGCAGAUGAAGAACGGCAAGCAGUGGCUUCUGGGAAAAAUAUUCGACACAUUCUGUCCACUAGGGCCUGCUCUUGUUACCACAGAAGCACUGAAGGACGUCCACAAUCUGGGGAUCCGGUGCCUGGUAAACGGUGACGUAGUUCAGGACAGCAACACCAGUCAGCUGAUCUUUAAGACGGAGAAGGUGGUGGUGUGGGUCUCGCAGUUUGUGACUCUGUACCCAGGCGACGUGUUUCUAACAGGCACGCCUCCAGGAGUGGGCGUGUUCAGAAAGCCACCCAUCUUUCUAAAGAAAGGACACGUCGUGGAGUGUCAGAUCGAGGAGAUCGGGUUCAUCCGAAACACAGUGGUGUGACUCCUGCACGGUUGGCUGACUUUUAUCUGAGCUACGGGGAUGGAAAAAAUUAAAAUAAAUCCC